AUGUCUGGAAAAAGGCAGCUAUUGAACCUAGCAGUGGCGCCACUGGGCAUCCUCGCCAUCCUAGUCAGCGCAGUCAGGCUCUGCGGCUUUCCCUUUCUUCGCCGGCUGAUUGGCCGUGAAGACGAAAAGAGAAAUGAGGCAAUGGUGGAACUGACACCGGUCAGCCUGUCUCAAGCAACUCCAAUCUACGUGGACGGGCGCAUCGAGAUCGAGCCCAACGUGGUCAAGGAUGCCGCCUUCAUUUGCUGUCACCGACGGCUGAAGGAGGAUGCCGCCGCCGCGUUGAGGGCCUUUCGGUCACUCUGGCUUCGUCGAAAGGAUCAUCCUGGCGACCAGGACCAUGAGAUUGUGCUGUCACUGCGCAACCUCCAUAACCUGCCACUGAAAGAAACAGCCACCUUGAUCGAAAAUCUGGAGGAUGCGGGAAAAGAUCAACUCCCCAACCGGUGGGAUGCUGUUGCGGCUGACGCCACAAUCUCGUUUCGGACAACGGGUGUAUCUCCUGCUGCUACCCUAGCAUCCGGCAGGACAUCAAUGAGUCGCUUGAUGGACGUCUUGGUGGCCACAGGGCUGACCGUCACAGUCAUCGGGAUCCAGAUCGCCGGCUAUGCCUCUGGCCGGGAAAACGGCACUUACACCCAAGCCCUGGCCAUGGGGCUUGCAGGCUAUUUCGGUGUGGUGACAUCGACGAUCGCACUCCUUCUGCUAUUGCAAUCAGAAGUCGUGCUGCAAACCGAGCCGCUUCCCCCGCUCUUUCGGGAUGGACAGUGGACUGUCAGCAAUGCCACCCAUUCCGAGUGGCGACCCAUCCAGGCGUUGAAGGUCGAUGGGAUUGUUUCUGCUUUGCCGGCAAGACAUGCUCCUCAUCAAUCUCGUGCCCGAGAUGUCAGGGUCGCUGUGUGUGCGCUCGGUCUUGUCGCUUCUUAUGUGAUUUACUAUCUGGGUAUCAGAGUUGCUCCUUGGUGGGUGGCCCUGGACAACAUGAUGGUCCUUUGGCUGGCAGCAGCCUACAGAGCCUUCACAACGCAAAGCACAUACCGCUCCUCAAACGAGCCACAAGCCGCAGAAAGCUGGACAGCCAUCCCAGGCAAGACAGUCUCAGACACGGUUGACCGAACGAUUGAAUCCUCGGAGAUCCGCCCGUCCGGGCACUGUUUUCUCAUCUUUUGCAGUCCGACUCGCAUCAGUCCCAUGUCAUGGUCGUCAGCUCAAGACAUUCUCAAGGUAAGUAUCGAGCUCACCCAUCAGAAAAGCCUCGGUUAUGGCUGGAAGUCUCCAAGCGAAGCAGUGCACAGUAAGACAUGGGGAUUCGUUGUUCGUUUCGAGCUGGUCGUCUACAUCCCAGGUUACGUCUUCAGGUGUCGAGAUUCGAUUGAUCUUGCCGUGGAACUUCAUUUCACCUUUGAUCACCUCACGUGGACGGUUCUGAAACUGCUGCACACCUGUCUCGACCAACGCGGCUCAUUAUCGACAUAUACAAGUCCCACCGAUGUUCAAGACAAAGUCUCGGCAACGUUGGAUGGCGAAAAUGUGAUAGUCAGCUAUGCCGAAGAGCCCCAGACGUUGCGGGCAUUUUUGAAGCCUUUCAGCGGCCGAUCGUUGGACCAGGCCCUCCUACUCCCAGCAAUCCAGGUGUGCUCCAUUUAUGAGCGAUUCUACUACACGUCGUCCAAGUCCACCGGGAUGCAGACUUUACAGGCCCGCCACGUCGACCAACUGGCCUUGAGUGCCUCUCAGGACCAACUCCGAGGUUUACAAGAGGAGCUUGAAGACCAAGGCGUCUGGAACUCGUUCAUGGCACCGCUGGCCGAGGUUGGUCCGAAGCCAAAGCGUAUCGUAAUGACCGCGCCAGAGGAUCACUAUGCUCAUAGUAACCGGCGAUGGGCCGAUCUGACCGGUGCAAUUGAUGGCGAAGAAAGAGCCGAGGGAGCAACUGCAGGAGCAGUCGAAGGUUCCGGCUCAUAA